GUGAGUGCUGGAAGCAGAGCACCGUAGGAGGGGAGGACGGACGAGCCACGCAUCCGCAUCAGCGAGGAGGGUUGCGCGGUGGCAUUCCCUGCAGGAAUCCAGUUGUAAAGUCCACACACGAGGCAAAAUGCGCUGAGGGGAAAAUCUGUCUGGAGCUCGGUUGUUAACCAAAGAUUACUGAGACAUCUGGAGGAGGGGGGGAAAAAAAAACAAAAAAAACAAACGCUCCGGACAAUUUGUGAUUUCAGAGGACACCCGACUGGAGAUGAAUACCAACGAUGCCAAGGAGUAUCUCGCACGCCAGGAGAUACCUCAACUAUUUGAGAGCCUCCUGACAGGUCUGAUGUACUACCGGCCCGAUGACCCCAUCGACUACUUGGAGGGCUGUCUGAAGAAAGUCAGGGAGCUCGGGGGACCAGACAAGGUGCGAUGGGAUACCUUUGUGGGCCAGGAGAAGAAGUCUCUUCCUCCUCUCAACGGGGGACAGUCACGCAGGUCCCUCUUCAGAAAUGUGCUGCCCGACAGUCCCAAUUUUCCCUACAGACGGUAUGACCGCCUCCCGCCCAUCAGCCAGUUCUCCAUCGAGAGCGACUCAGACCUGUCGGAGACCGCGGAGCUCAUCGAGGAGUACGAGGUGUUCGAUCCAUCAAGACCACGACCCAAAGUCAUCCUCGUCAUCGGUGGCCCUGGCAGUGGCAAAGGAACGCAGAGCCUGAAGAUUGCCGAGCGCUACGGCUUCCAGUACAUGUCCGUGGGCGAGCUGCUAAGGAAGAAGAUGAUCCACAACGCCACCAGCAACAGAAAGUGGAGCCUGAUCGCUAAAAUCAUCACCAACGGAGAGCUGGCACCACAGGAGACCACCAUAACCGAGAUUAAGCAGAAGAUUAUGAAGAUCCCAGAUGCUAAUGGUAUCGUCAUAGAUGGGUUCCCUCGAGACGUCGGACAGGCCUUGUCCUUUGAGGACCAGAUCUGCACCCCGGACCUGGUGGUGUUCCUGGCCUGCACCAACCACCGCUUGAAGGAGAGGCUGCAGAAGCGAGCUGAGCAGCAGGGACGACCCGACGACAACCCCAAGGCCAUCGACCGCCGCCUGACCAACUUCAAGCAAAACACCAUUCCUCUGGUCAAAUACUUCCAGGAGAGGGGCCUUAUUGUUACGUUGGAUGCCGACCGAGAUGAAGAGGAGGUCUUCUGUGACAUCAGCAUGACUCUGGACAACAAGCUGUUUCCCUCCAAAGAGCCUGCAGCCGGACCCAGCGAGCUGGACCUCAGUCUACUGGGUGAAACCAGCAGCCUGGCGGAUGCUGCUUGCAAGUACAAUGAGGCUGAAGAGGAAGAACAAAUCGGGUAUGCUGAAGGACCUGCAGAAAGUUUUAGUACAGAACAGAGGAAACCAAAGGUCAUCUUCAUGAUGGGUGGUCCAGCCUCAGGGAAGGCUCUCCAGUGUGAGCGGAUGGAGGACAGGUUCGGCCUGCGUCGCGUCACCCUGGGCGACCUGCUGUGUAACGAGCUGCAGACUCGCAGCGAAAGAGGGCGCCACCUGCGGGACGUCCUGGAGAGAGGAGAGCAGCUGCCCGAGGACGCACUGCUGGAGCUGCUGUGUGAUGCGGUGGCGUCGUCAGUGCGGCAGGGAAAAGGUCUCGUGAUCAGCAGCUUCCCCAGAGACCUGAGACAGGCGGAGGAGUACGAGGCCAAGAUGGGUGAACCCAGUGCGGUUCUUCUGCUGAGCUGCUCACCUGAUGCCAUCUCCGGUCGUCUGCAGUGCCGUGGCAGAUCCAGCCUCGGCUUCCAUCCUGGCGCAGACGUAGACAGCGCCGCGCACCGGAGGGCUGAGAGCUUCUGCAGCAACAGCCAGGCGGUGGCAGCCCACUACCAACGCAAGAGGCUCCUGCACACGAUUGACGCCGAGAGGUCGCCGGAUGAAGUGUUCGCCCAGAUCUGCCAGGCGGUGGGGUCCUGUCCCGCCUUCUGAUUUCUAGUUUCCUCAACACCCGCUCCCCACCCCUCAACUCUGCUGUCCAGGACGUCCACCUGCGAAGACACGCCUGCACCAGACAUAUGCUCAUUGAACUCCAGUGGUAUGCAUGUCCCACCUGAUGUUUUGAAAUACUCCCAGCGAUCGGUGAAACCUCUCUCCGCUUUUGACACUGACGAAACGCCUGUUUGUCACGUUCUGCUUCACCUUCUUGCAUUGUCUCUUCUCUCUCACACAUCGACCUCAAUAUUUGCUGCCAACUGCCGGAUCGAGGCAGAUAAAUGUACUGAGAAGAUGGCGUCCCCGGCUGUGACUGAGAGAACGGUUCUAGUUGAAAGUGAAAUCUCUCCACCGCUCCCCCGAAGGAGCUCAGAGAGGCUUCCCGCCAUGCUAGAAAGUGAAAAUGUCUGCGCGUGCUGCUGCUCUCAGCCACAGCUACAUGCUUUACGUUGUAACAAGCAUGCAAGAAUUACAAAUCAAGCUUAACUGCCUUUUGCCAAUUGAAUAAAAAGCAGAGUAUUAAAGAAUAUCGCAUUUGUAUCUUUCCAAGCUCAUCGUACAAGUGCUUGUUUGAGUCUGGU